AGAAGGAGGGUUGGGUCAGUCAGAAAGAAGGAGGGUUGGGUCAGUCAGAAAGAAGGAGGGUUGGGUUGGAUGGGUUUGGAUCAGAUGGAUGGAAGGGGGUUGAGUCGGAUGGACGGAAGGAUGGUUGUGAUGGACAGAUAUGGGUUGGAUGGAUGGAUGGAAGGAAGGAUGGUUGUGAUGGACAGAUAUGGGUUGGAUGGAUGGAUGGAAGGAAGGAUGGCUGUGAUGGACAGAUAUGAAGCGGAUGGAUGGAAGGAGGAGGCUUGGGUCAGUGAGAAGGAAGGGAUGGGUCGGAUGGAUUUGGAUUGGAUGGAUUUGGAUUGGAUGGAUGGGACGGGGGUUGAGUUGGAUGGACGGAAGGAUGGUUGGGUUGGACAGAUAUGGGUGGGACAGACAGAAGAAGAAAGUUUGGGUCAAUCAGAAGGAAGAGGGUUGGGUUGGAUGGGUUUGGAUUGGAUGGAUGGAAGAGGAGGUUGGGUUGGAUGGGUAGAAGGAAGGAGGGUUGGGUUGGACAGAUACGGUGGGACAGACGGAAGGAGAAGGCCUGGGUCAAUCAGAAGGAAGGGGGGUUGGGUCAGACGGAUGGAAGAAAUGCUGGCACCUUUCUCCUCCUUCAGCCCACGGCCGUGCCUGCGUGUGCUGGACAUGACUGGCAUCCAGGACGGUGCCGAACACGGUCCGGACAGCGUCACCCUGUGGUCAAGGACAGUACUGCUGGCCAAAGCCUGCCUGGAAGCCUCGCAACGCCGAACCGAACCGCAUGGCACCAAAAAGCAGAAAGGUUCCCCGCUUCCUCCGGUGGAAAUCCGCGUCGACCUCUUCGUCAACAGCACCUCCGGGGCCAUCCUGAAGGCAGCCCUACGUGGUGGAGGGGCCCUACGCCUGCGCUGCCGUGACUUCCAUGCCGAGGAGCUCUCCCUGGGAGGCACCUUGGAUCUGUUGGAGGCCUUGGAGCCGGUCGGCUUGCGACGCGUCGAGCUGCGUUUCAACAACUUGGGGUUGGUGGGGCUGUGCCAGGUGGUGCCGCGGCUCGCUCGUUUCCCAGACCUGGCCAGCGUGAGGUUGCCCUACAGCAACGUGGACGUGAGGAGGCCUGGGAUGGAAAAUGGGCUGAGAGAGCUGGCGGAAGCGUUGGGUUGGUUGCGUGGGCUGAAGGAGCUCAACCUGGGCUCGUGCCGGCUGGCGGGGAGGCUGCGGUUGCUGCUGGGGUCCCUGCAGCGCCCGCUGGAGAGCCUGGAGCUUCCCUUCUGCCACCUCCAGCCCUGCGACCUCACCUUCCUGGCCCACAGCCCUCACGCCUCGGCCCUGAAGAAGCUUGACCUGAGCGGCAACGACCUCUCCUCCUCCCUCCUCCCUCCCUUCCUCCAUCUCCUCCCAGCCGUCUCCUCCUCUCUCCGCCAUCUGGACGUGGCCGAGUGCCACCUUGGGGACGCCCACCUCCCCGUCCUGCUGCCACCUCUGAGGCUCUGCGUCCUCCUCUCCUACCUCGGCCUCUUCGGCAACCACCUGUCCUCCACGGGGCUGAAGGUUCUGCUGGAGGGGACCCAGCCCCUGUCCUCCCUUCGCCUCGUCGUCCACCCCUACCCCACGGAUUGCUGUGACAGCGGUGACGGUGACGGUGACGUCCCCGAGGGCUGCGUGGCUGCGCUGCAGGAGGAGCUGCAGGGAAUGCUGCGCGGUGCUGGGAGGGAGGAGGAGGUGUGGACCAGCAGCCUGCAGCAUCACGGUGGAUCCGACUUCUUUGCGCUGUGAGAGGGGACAGCUGGGAGGUGUGGUGACAAAGGGGAUGACCGGGACAAAGGGACGGCAGGAAUGGUGACAAAGGGACACCGGGAGGUGCGGUGACAAAGGGACAGCAGGAGUGGUGAUAAAGGAACAACCGAGAGGAGUGGUGACAAAAGGACACAGUGGGAGAAAGGGACAGCUGGAGGUGUGGUAACAAAGAGACAACCAAAGGGACAACAAGAGGAGUGGUGACAAAGGAACAACCAGGACAAAGGGACAGCAGGAGUGGUGAUAAAGGAACAACCAAGGAGUGGUGACAAAGGGACAGAGCGGGAGAAAGGGACAGCUGGAGGUGUAGUGACAAAGGGACGACCGGGAGAAAGAGAUGGCAGGAAAGGUGACAAAGGGACAGCAGGAGAUGCGGUGACAAAGGGACAGCAGGAGUGGUGAUAAAGGAACAACCGAGAGGAGUGGUGACAGAGGGACACAGUGGGAGAAAGGGACAGCUGGAGGUGUGGUGACAAAGGGAUGCAAGGAGGAGUGGUGAGAAAGAGACAACCAAGACUUAUGGUGACAAAGGGACAACAAGAGGAGUGGUGACAAAGGGACGCAAGGAGGAAUGGUGACAAAGGAACAACCAGGACAAAGGGACAGCUGGAGGAGUGGUGACAAAGGGACACACAGGGAAAAAGGGACAGCUGGAGGAGUGGUGACAAAGGGACACAAGGAGGAAUGGUGACAAAAGAACAACCAGGACAAAGGGACACCCAAGAUGAGUGGUGACAAAAGGAUUCAAGAAGGAAUGGUGACAAAAGGACAACCAGGACAAAGGGACACCAGGAGGAGUGGUGACAAAGAGCCAGCAGAAGUGGUGACAAAUGGACAACCAGAAGGUAUGGUGACAAAGGGACAGCAGGAGGAAUGGUGACAAAGGGACACAACCAGGACAAAGAGACACCAGGAGUGGUGACAAAGAGACAACAAGAGGAGUGGUGACAAAGGGACGCAAGGAGGAAUGGUGACAAAAGGAACAACCAGGACAAAGGGACAGCAGGAGGAGUGGUGACAAAGGGACACAACCAGGACAUA